AUGUUUUUUCAUGUGCUCCUGGUUUCAGUUGUUCUUGCAGCAAAGGGUGAAAAUCUAAUUUGCCAUAUUCUAGAAAGUCCAGAGUAUGCUUUACUGUCUAAGGAUGGAGAUGUGAUAAUUGGAGGAGCUUUUUUAAUACACAGCGCUGUAAUACUGCCAUCAUUGUAUUUUACAGAAAAACCUGAACCUCUAAUAUGCUAUAGACUUAACCUCAGAGAACUACGCUUUGCCCAGACCAUGAUUUUUGUCAUUGAGGAAAUCAACAGAAGCAGCAGCCUGCUCCCAAAUGUCUCUAUUGGUUACAGGAUUUAUGACAAUUGUGGCUCAAGAUUCUUAUCUAUGAGGGCAGCUAUGGCUCUGAUGAAUGGUCAGGAACUAAGAGCAGAUGGAGCUUGCUCUGGAAAAGCGGCAGUGCAGGCCAUUAUAGGGGAGUCAGAGUCUACUCCUACUAUAGUACUCGCUAAAACUACAGGGCCUUUCAAAAUCCCAAUUAUCAGUCAUGCUGCCACAUGUGAAUGUUUGAGCAGCAGGAAAGAGUUCCCCUCCUUCUUCAGGACCAUAGCUAGUGAUUACUACCAGAGUACAGCUCUGGCUCAACUGGUCAAGCACUUUGGCUGGACCUGGGUAGGAGCUGUGAACAGUGACAGUGACUAUGGUAAUAAUGGGAUGGCCAUUUUCCUUGAAGCUGCAAAAGAAGAAGGGAUAUGUGUGGAGUAUUCAGAGAAAUUUGACCGAUCUGAGACUACCAAACUCAUGAAGGUGGUAGACACUAUUAGGAAAGGCACAGCUAAAGUGGUUAUUUUAUUUGUUGCCCAUAUUGAGAUGAACAUUCUAAUAGAACAUCUUAUUCUAAAGAAUGUCACAGGAUUACAAUUUAUUGGAGUUGAGGGAUGGAUUACUGCUGUUAAUCUAAUAACUCCAACAAGCUACAGUGUGCUGGGUGGAAGCUUGGGACUUGAUGUGGGAAAAGCCAACAUUGAAGGCUUUGCUGACUACGUCCUAAAAUAAUUUUGGGAAACAGCUAUCCCUUGCUUCCUGACAGGGGGAAACAUUUCUCAAGCUGAAAACACUUGCAGCAGAUAUAAGGAUCUUCUUCCAUUUCAAAACUACAAUGAAGAUAUCUCAGAACUGCGAUAUGCCAAUGGCAUCUACAGUGCAAUUUAUGCUGUGGCCCAUUCUCUACACAGCCUGCUCAGAUGCACAGAAAACCAGAGAUGUAAUAAGGACAAGAUAAUACAACCUUGGCAGGUUUCUGAGGCUCUGAAAAAGGUCAAUUUUACCACAAAAUCAGGAGAGCAGGUGUGGUUUGACAGCACUGGAGCAACGUCUGCGAAGUAUGAUGUGGUGAACUGGCAACUUGGGGUCAAUAGAGAAGUGCAAUUUAAGCAAGUGGGCUACUAUGAUGCCUCUAUGCCUCCUGGAGAGCAAAUUGUCCAAACUACUAGAAACAUAGUUUGGGCUGGAGGAAAAACUGAGAAGCCAAGGUCUGUAUGCAGUGAGAGCUGUCCUCCAGGAACCAGGAAGGCUGUGCAGAAGGGAAGGCCUGUCUGCUGCUAUGACUGUAUACCAUGUGCAGAGGGAGAGAUCAGUAACAUGACAGAUUCAAAUAACUGCGAGCAGUGUCCAGGAGAAUACUGGCCUAAUGCUGAGAGAGAUAAAUGUGUGUUAAAGGUCAUAGAAUUUCUUUCUGUUACAGAGGUUAUGGGGAUAGUACUUUUAUUGUUUUCUCUAUUUGGAGCAGGAUUAACUAUUUUAGUGGCCAUUUUAUUUCUAAUAAACAAGGACACUCCCAUCGUCCGAGCCAACAACUCAGAGCUGAGCUUCCUGUUGCUCUUCUCUCUGACUCUGUGUUUCCUCUGUUCACUUACCUUCAUUGGUCGGCCCUCUGAGUGGUCCUGUAUGCUGCGCCACACAGCAUUUGGGAUCACCUUCGUCCUCUGCAUCUCCUGUGUUCUGGGGAAAACAAUAGUGGUGUUAAUGGCCUUCAGGGCUACACUUCCAGGCAGUAAUGUCAUGAAAUGGUUUGGGCCUCCACAGCAGAGACUCAGUGUUCUUGCUUUUACUCUCAUACAGGUCAUUAUUUGUGUGUUUUGGAUAACAAUUUCUCCUCCUUUCCCCUAUAAAAACAUGAAAUACUACAAGGAUAAGAUAAUAUUAGAAUGUGGCUUAGGUUCAGCUGUAGGUUUCUGGGCUGUACUGGGUUAUAUUGGAUGUUUGGCUUUUCUGUGUUUUAUUUUGGCAUUUUUAGCACGGAAGUUGCCUGAUAACUUUAAUGAAGCCAAAUUCAUCACAUUCAGCAUGCUCAUAUUCUGUGCAGUUUGGAUCACCUUCAUUCCAGCUUACGUCAGCUCUCCUGGAAAAUUCACUGUAGCUGUGGAGAUAUUUGCCAUUUUGGCCUCCAGUUUUGGUUUACUGUUUUGUAUUUUUACACCAAAAUGUUAUAUAAUUCUGUUGAAGCCUGAAUUAAACACAAAGAAACACGUGAUGGGGAAAAUGGCAUCUAAAUCACUAUAA